CACCGGUGAGUCCCGUUUAGAAAGAAUAUCCAGCAAAAGGAUCGCCGAUUCUUUCAACGCCUUGAUUUAUUUUAUCAAUAAUUUUUUUCUCAUUACAGUACGUUUCUAAGUAGCCUUUACUGUUUCACCAACCUUGCGGGUGGGCUGCUCUCCAACGCCUCUAUUCUUUCAAAAAUCAGCAACACAGACCAUCCCUUACUUCUCUAGGCGUUUCCUUCGCGCUUUGAUUUUUCAGAUCUCGAAAUGCAGAGCGCUGCCGCCUUCACCACCCUCUCGCCGUCUCUCUCUCUCCUCAAGACACGGAAGAGCGUUUCGACGAGCUCUAGCUUCGAGCCACUACUCUGCUCAUCCAAACGACGCGAUCUCUCUCUUUCUAACAAUGUCGUUUCACCGUCUCCAUCGCUACCUUUACGUCGAUCAUGGUCUUUGUCCUCAUCCAAUGCUUCCAUGUUCAGGCCAUGGACCUCUGUCGUCCCUCGCGAUCCGGAAACGGCUAGUCGUUUUGAAGUCAAGGCAACGGCUGUCCCCGAGAGUGCUGAUGGUAAGGAAGAGUCGAAUAGCUUGAUGAAGACCUUGGAGCUUGGUUUGCUGUUUGGUUUGUGGUACCUAUUUAAUAUCUACUUCAAUAUCUACAACAAGCAGGUUUUGAAGGUCUAUAAGUUCCCAGUCACCCUGACAGUGAUUCAAUUUGCUGUUGGGACUGUUUUGGUUUUGCUUAUGUGGACUUUGAAUCUCUAUAAAAGGCCAAAAAUUAGCCGUGCCCAGCUUGCAGCAAUUUUGCCACUUGCAUUGGUGCACACAUUGGGCAACCUUUUUACCAACAUGAGUCUUGGAAAAGUGGCUGUUUCGUUCACUCACACAAUUAAAGCAACGGAGCCUUUCUUCUCUGUUGUCCUUUCUGCUAUGUUUCUUGGGGAGUUGCCUACACUCUGGGUGGUAUCUUCUCUUGUACCGAUUGUUGGUGGAGUGGCACUUGCAUCAGUCACGGAGGCAUCUUUUAACUGGGCUGGUUUUUUGAGUGCAAUGGCUUCCAAUUUGGCAAACCAAUCUCGUAAUGUUCUUAGCAAAAAGGUCAUGGUUAAGAAAGAGGAUUCCUUGGACAACAUCACUCUUUUCUCAUUUAUAACAAUCAUGUCUUUCCUUCUGUUAGCUCCUGUGGCUGUGUUCAUGGAAGGUGUCAAGUUUACCCCUGCAUACCUGCAAUCUGCUGGAUUGGAUGCUAAAGCAAUAGCCACAAAGUCUCUUCUUGCUGCACUCUGUUUCCAUGCAUAUCAGCAGGUUUCAUAUAUGAUAUUACAGAGGGUAUCCCCUGUUACCCAUUCUGUUGGCAAUUGUGUGAAGCGGGUGGUGGUCAUUGUUAGCUCAGUUAUUGUCUUCAAAACUCCUGUCUCGCCAGUCAAUGCUCUUGGCACUGGGAUAGCCCUUGCUGGAGUUUUCUUGUAUUCAAGGGUGAAGCGUAUUAAGGCAAAGCCAAAGACUGCUUGAAAUUAUGCAUGGAAAAGUUUUGAUCAUGACUUAAAUGGUUAGUCGAUGGAACUUAAAUCAUUAAUUUGAAAACAUGUUUGUGGUUGAGGGCGGGAACCUAAUUAGCAAUUUUAUUUUGUAAUCUUCCUUUUUGUUCCCCUUUCUUCUAUUGGCUUUUGGGUGAUAUAUUCUUUCAUCAACUCUGCUAAUAAUUACACGGGGAGGGAAGGAGAGCUGCUCUAGAAUUAUGUGUGUUGUUUUUGUAGUUAUAGCUUCAUCGGAAUUGCAUUGGUUAAUUUUCUGGAUGUAAAAUACAACUUGGAUUUUGGCCAUUCUAUUUAUAUUACGGUAAUUUGCAGAAACUCUACAUUGUCUGAA